AUGUAUCCAAGUCUCCAUCCGAAGCUUGUCUUGGUGCUAGUCGCUGCGCUGGCCACCAUCGCAUGCAUCUGCAUCAAGCGUUACCUCGUCCGACGCCAGUUCGCACGCAAGCACGGUUGCCAACCAGUAGCACGAUCCUUUAGCAAGGAUCCCUUCCUAGGCCUCGAUACUAUCCCCAAGACCAUCGGCGCGCUGAGGCAACACAAAAUCCUCGAAAGGAGCUGCAACCUCUUCCGCAACUACGGCAACACCUUUACCGUAAAAGAGCUGCAAAAAAGCGCCAUCCUAACCAUAGAGCCAGAAAACAUCAAGACGGUCCUCUCCCUGAAAUUCAACGAUUACGGCCUCAGCCAUCGGCUUCAACCCUUCAAACCACUACUAGGCGAGGGCAUCUUCGACACCGACGGCGCGCACUGGGCCUCGUCGCGGGCCUUGAUCCGGCCUAGCUUUACUCGCGACCAAGUAGCUGACUUGACGGCGUUGGAGGAGUUGAUACAGGACCUCUUCGCGUUGCUUCCGCGGGAUGAGAAGACGGUAGUGGACCUGCAGGAGCUGUUCUUCCGGUACACGAUUGAUUCAGCGACUGAGUUCCUGUUCGGACAGUCAGUCGGGACGUUGAAGAAGACUCACUCUGAGCUUGGCGUUGCGCAGGCGUUUCAUUAUGCCCAGAAGGCUAUCAUCACGCGAGGCAUGCUAGGCCCGCUGGCCGUAUUCUAUCGCGAUCAAAAGGCAGACGAGUGCAAUCGCGUCUGCAGGGAAUUUGUCCAGCGGUUUGUCGACGACGCCUUUCAUGCAGUUGAGGGCAAAAGAGAAAAGAAACAGGAUGAGACGGGCCGCCAGAAGCGUAUUUUCUCGCAUGAAUUGGCGGCGCGGACAUCCGAUAAGCGUCGCGUUCUAGAUGAGCUGAUGAACGUGUUGUUAGCCGGUCGUGAUACCACUGCUAGUCUACUCGGCAAUCUGUUCUUCAUGCUGGCGAAGAAGCCAGUGGUUUGGGAUAAGUUGCGUGCAGAAGUAGCUUGUUUACAGGGCCGGACACCAACUUAUGAAGAGCUCCGCAGUCUGAGAUAUGUCCAGUGCUGUGUAAAUGAAUCACUACGUUUACACCCUGUUGUCCCACGCAACGAACGCCAGGCAGUACGAGAUACCGUCCUCCCACUCGGAGGAGGCAGUGAUGGUCUCUCACCUGUCUUCGUGCCCAAAGGCACCAUAGUAUCCUACAACCUAUACGCGAUGCAUCGGCGGCCAGACUUCUACGGGCCAGACGCAGAGGAAUUCCGUCCUGAGCGCUGGGAGGACGGAAGACUGCAGCCGCGCUGGGGUUAUCUGCCGUUUAAUGGUGGCCCGCGCAUCUGCAUCGGGCAGCGAUAUGCGUUGACGGAAGUUAGCUAUGUUCUUAUACGCAUGGUACAGGAGUUCCGGGUCUUGGAGAGUCGGGAUCCGGGGCCGUGGGAAGAAUCGCUGGCUUUGACGCUGUGUUCGCGGAAUGGGACAAGGGUGUGUCUUAUUCCUAGUUGA